UCCCAUUUCCAAGAAUUUCUCUCUUCGAGCUUCCUGGGAAAAUCGUCGAAGAGUCUCUUAUGUGAUUCCAGAAAUGGAUUCGACUGAUUUCGACUACGUGAAAGCAGAGAAAGCCAAGGCGUUAUGGCGUUACCGCAGUUUCGGCCGCUUCUUCCGUGCGGCGGAAGUCUCCGUCGCUCUGUUCUUUCUCUCAUGGACAUUCACUCGCCUUCCCUUCGCCGGAGCCGUCCAAAUCUCCGGAGAGUUUAUCCGCAGUCUCGCUUGCGUCGUUUUAAGUCCUCUGUUCAUGUUCCUCCUGGGGAACUCCAUCGUCAUUGCUCUUCUCGCCAAGUCCUCCGAUCCGUCAUCCGCCGAUUUUUACGAGGCGUUCGUCAGAUCCGGCGAGCACUGCGCCGGGCCGUCGCACGAGAAUCAGACCGGAGAUGAGAUCGUGUACGAUGAUAAACAGGCGAUCGCGACCGAGAUCGAGACGAACUCGCAUUCAAAUUCAAAAUCUCACGCGCGUGAAGACCGCGCGUCGAGCGAUACCGACGAUCUGGCGUCGGAUCAUCGGAAGAUCUACCGGAGAAGCAAAUCAGACAUUCCGGUGAAGCAGAGUACGGAGAAGGUGGCCAAAGGUUCCCUCCGGCGAUCGGAGACGGAGAAGUGCCGGAGAAUAGAGGAAGUUGAGGGGGACGACGGGAUUUACCCGGAGGAUAAACUCAGCAACGAGGAAUUUCAGAAGACGAUCGAAGAAUUCAUAGCGAAACAGUUGAUGUUUCGCCGCCGGGAAUCUGUGGCAGUGAUUCUCCAUAGCCAGGCCUCAGCUGUCAAUGAGGAGAGAAAGUGAGAGUGGAAUUGGAUUCGUUCCGUGCUAAACCCAUGCUCUGUGUACAGUUUUAGUUAACAAGUUUGAAAACAUACACCAAAAUCUCUCUCUCUCUUUCGAGUAAAUGAUACACACUUGAAGUAGAAUAUUUGUCUCUCGUCGUGGCUCAAAUUAUGACACACUCGU